AUGCUGGGUGUGCGUCAAUUAGAUAAACAACAAGAAAGAAAGCCAGCUGUUUCUAUAAACUUUUCCGGCUCUGACCAGGCAGUGGGGCAGAAGAUGCAGCGCCCCAUUUCUUCUCUUCCAUUAAGCAGCAGCUGGCUGGCAAAGCUGGCGUCUUGCGGGUUCGAAACGGUCGAAGACCUGCGAAAUAUUGGGGUGGUCGAGCUAAGCAGAGAACUGGGUGUGAGCAACUCGGAGGCUCUAGUAGAAAUUGUCAAAGUUGCAAAAAGAAGUUGCGAAUUACUCUCGGCCCAACCAGCCCCCUCUUCCCCACUCUCACACCCUCACCAGUCUCACCCCAGCGGUGGUAGCUGUCCAGGCGUCUCAGCGCUGGAGCUGCUCCAGCAAGAGGGAGUCGAAGGAUCCAUCGUGACUUUCUCAGCCGGGAUUGACGAGAUGUUAGGAGGGGGCGUGGCACUCGGGAAAGUGACUGAGUUCUGCGGUGCUCCUGGACUGGGGAAGACCCAGAUAUGCAUUCAGCUGGCAGUAGAUGUCAGUAUUCCAGAGCCACUUGGUGGAGUUGGAGGAGAGGCCGUCUAUAUUGACACGGAGGGGUCGUUUGUGGUGGAGAGAGUGGCAGAGAUAGCCACGGCCGCAGUACACCACCUGAACACUGUGGACCACGACCACACCUGCGAUGACCAAGUAAGACAAGCUGCCAGAGACGUUAGUCUAGAGAAAGUACUCGCCAGCAUUCACCUCUUCCGUUGCCAUGACUACCUGGAGCUGCUGGCGACAGUCAACAUUCUCUCAGAGUUUAUUACCAGCCAUCCUCAGGUUCGUCUGGUGGUUAUAGACAGCAUCGCUGCCCACUUUCGUCACGGUUUCUCUGACAUGUCCAAGAGAAACAGACUUCUCGGAAUCAUCUCUCAGAGCCUUAUUCAGCUGGCCACCUCCCACCGUCUCGCUGUGGUGCUGACUAACCAGACGACUACUAGAGUGGUACGUGGCCAGAAGAACAGUGCACGUGUGGUCCCUGCAUUAGGAGAGAGCUGGGGACAUGCUAGUACAGUGAGAGUGGUCCUAUCACGGUACGACAACGAGAGACAAGCUACGCUCGUGAAGUCACCUACUCACAAGACCACCACUGCCCCCUUCGUCAUUACGGCAGAUGGGAUAAGAGACUCACAUGUGACGACAGGCGACACAUCUCACACCCCGAUCCCGGCCUCUCAGUGCCUCCCUGUCCCCGAAGAAGAAGACUUUGAAGAAGACGACGAAAUAUUCUCGGCUGCCGAAGGGAUAAUGGCUGAUAUGAGUCACCCAGCCAUGUGGCAGGGGAGGGAAGGAGAGGGGGGAGGAGGGGGGAAAGGUGACAGCGACACUCGAGCUAACGUUGAUUUCGUGAGUGUGUCAAACCUCCACGAGGCGAGUUUUGAUGCCAGGAGGGAGAGUAAAGGACGAAAGAGGCCGCAUCCGUCAGAUCAUGAACUCUGA